CACAAGUUUUCUCCUCUCCUCUCCUCUCCUCUCUUCUCUUCACUUCCAUUCUCCAUCUCCUACUCUUAUCAUCUCAAUUACAAACAAACUUAACCAACAACCCCAAUACUCUCCUUCAAACUUCCCUUCCAAGUAGUACACAUACAAAUACUACUACACAACUCUGGUCAAUAGUCCUUCAAGAUGUUUUGUCUUGCUGAUCAUGAGGAUAUCUUUGCUCGCCGGAACGUGUGGGUAAACGGUCCAGUCAUUGUCGGCGCUGGCCCUUCUGGACUGGCGGUCGGCGCCUGCCUGAAAGAACAGGGUGUACCCUUUGUAGUCCUUGAAAGAGCAGACUGCAUUGCCUCUCUGUGGCAAAAACGCACCUAUGAUCGCCUCAAACUUCACCUCCCCAAGAGCUUCUGCCAGCUUCCUAAACUCCCAUUCCCAGAGGACUUCCCUGAGUACCCAACCAAGAAGCAAUUCAUACACUAUCUAGAAUUGUAUGCCAAGAAAUUUGAGAUCAACCCAAGAUUCAAUGAGUGUGUUCAGUCUGCUAAAUAUGAUGAGACUAGUGGGUUGUGGCGCGUCAAGACAGUCUCUACCAGCCCCAUCUCCGGCCGCAUUGAGGUUGAGUACAUUUGCAGGUGGCUUGUUGUGGCCACAGGAGAGAAUGCAGAGUGUGUGGUACCAGAAAUUGAAGGCUUAUCUGAGUUUGGUGGUGAUAUUGUACAUGUCUGUAACUACAAGUCUGGUGAGGAUUACAGAGGAAAAAAAGUACUAGUUGUCGGUUGUGGCAAUUCGGGCAUGGAAGUUAGUCUUGAUCUUUGCAAUCACAAUGCUCAGCCAUCCAUGGUGAUUCGCAGCUCGGUUCAUGUAUUGCCAAGGGAAAUUCUUGGGAAAUCAACAUUUGAAUUGGCGGUUCUUCUGCUGAAAUGGUUACCACUUUGGCUAGUUGAUAAGCUGUUACUGAUAAUGGCAUGGUUUGUGUUUGGAAACAUUGAGAAAUAUGGACUGAAAAGGCCAGAAAUGGGACCUUUAUUGCUCAAGAACACUGAAGGAAAGACCCCUGUUUUGGAUGUUGGUGCAUUACAGAAGAUAAAAUCUGGAGACAUCAAGGUUGUUCCUGGAAUUAAAAGGUUCUCAUCUGGUAGAGUUGAGCUUGUUAAUGGAGAAAAUCUUGAAAUCGAUUCGGUUGUUCUCGCUACUGGCUAUCGCAGCAAUGUUCCUUCUUGGCUAGAGGAGAGUGAAUUUUUCUCAAAGAAUGGGUUUCCAAAGGCUUCAUUCCCAAAUGGGUGGAAAGGAAACACUGGGCUAUAUGCUGUUGGGUUCACAAGGAGAGGGCUCUCUGGUGCCUCCUCUGAUGCUAUGAGAAUAGCACAAGAUAUUGGAAAAGUCUGGAAAGAGGAAACAAAACAGACAAAGAAGAGGAUUGCUUGCCAUAGAAGAUGCACUUCACAGUUCUGAUCAUGCAUCAAUUCUACAGUCUAACACUACAUGAAAGAUUCACCAUUGAAUUCUUUUAUUUUCUUUUUCGGGGUUUGCCGGAUGGAGAUCGAUCGUGUACAAUAAUAAUGUAUACUAGGACAAGAAAAAAAAAAAAUAGCGAAAGAAACAGUUAACACAGUGAGCCCUCUCCACAAGCCCAAGUUUUGGAAAGAAAUGGGAAUUUUGUGUACAGAGGAAGAUGAGGCUUUUUGGUUUUCCAA